AAAAAAUUAAAUAAAAGACAAAUGGAUCUCGAAGAGCAAUAUAAAGAAAUAAGAAAAAAGUGUAAUGUGCCAAAAGAAGAUUGGCCUGAAUGGCGUAAACAUUUAUAUGAUCAUGGUUGGGCAAUUGUAAAGAAUGUGAUACCAAAAGAAAAAUGUGAAGAAUAUUCAUCUAGAUUUUGGGAUUGGGUAGAGGGAUUUAAUUCUGGUGUUAAAAGAAAUAAACCAUCUACAUGGACUUCAGAUAAUUGGCCCGGUCAUAUCCAUGGUAUUUUUCAAGGAUAUGCUAUAGGACAAACACAGUUUGUUUGGGAUGUUAGAUCAGAAGAGGAAAUUAUUAAAAUAUUUGAAAUGAUAUAUCAAGAUAAAGAACUAUUGGUUAGUUUUGAUGGUGCUAAUUUAUCAAGACCAACUAUUGAAAGUAGAGCAUCAAUGUGGGCUCAUUUCGAUCAAGGUAGUCAAAAGAAUGAUUUCAGAUGUAUUCAAGGAUUUUUAAAUUUACAACCAUGUCAAGAAUUUGAUGGUGGUUUAAUAGUGUAUGAAGAUUCACAUUUACAACAUGAUGCAUUCUUUAAAGAGUCUGGUGCUGUUUCAGAUGGUGAUUGGUAUAAAUUUCAAGAAGACCCACAACCAUUAAAGUGGUUCAAAAACUGUAAAAAGAUAAAGGUCUGUUGUGAUCCUGGUGAUUUUGUAUUAUGGGAUAGCAGAACUAUUCACUAUGCUUGUCCACCAAUCAAACACAAGGGUACCGGUAAUUGCAGAGAAGUCGUUUAUGUAUCUUGUCAACCUGCCUCAUUAGCAAAUGAAAGGGUAAUAGGUCAAAAACAAAAAGCAUUUUAUUCCAAAAGAAUGACAUCACAUUGGGCAAGUGAAAAUAUAAAAUUAUUUGCACGUACUCCACGUAGCUAUGGCGAUACAGAAAGAGAACAGCGAUUCCAAUUUGAUGAAACUACAUUACCAGUAUUAAAUGAACGUGCCAGAAAAUUAGCAGGUUUGGACCCAUAUUAUUAGAAAAAUAAAAAUAAUAAUAAUUAUUAUUUUUAAAUACAUAUUUCUUUUUCUUUUUCUUUUAU